AUGCUCGCCACCGUUUCUCGCUCCUCGCCGCGUGCGGGCGGCCUCUACGCCGGCAAAGCCUCCACAAUGGGAGCAUUGGUGUGCUCGAACCAGAUACCAAUGAGGGCGAGCCAUUAUGGUCAGACUCGCGGCUUCCGCUUCGGUGCGUGGUCGUCCUACUUGGAUCCCGACGUCCAGCGUCAGCUACGUCUUCGCCAGCGCCAGAUCAAAUACAAGUACAUGGAGUCGAUCAAUCGCAAGCUGUCCUGGGACCCAAACUCGCGUGCUCAAAAUUCGAGAAUCGUGAUGAAGAAGAUAUUGGCGCAAUGCUGGAUCAGACAAGGCCAUACCCGCUCUGGUGGCAGAUACGUGAGAGAGGAGGACGUGAAGAAGGGUGGAUCGGGCGAAACCCCAGGCACCCGGCCGGGCCAGAACAUUGAGGACGUCGAGCGCAGUGCCAUCAAUGCUCUGUUCGCCGGCAGGCGCGCCAAUCCUUUGGAAUAUGACUUGUGGCAGUCCCCUCUGCAAAACAUUCGCAAUUAUCUCGGUGGCCAGACCAGGAGCAAGUACACGGCUGCUGCCGGCCGCGACGUCCUGUCUGACAUCGACCCCAUCACGAACCGAAGAAUGCACUCUUCGCACGCGCCCCAGUCGGUUUUUGACAACUCUUCGGAUAAGAAAACCCAAGAGCCUUUCUUUCCUGACGGGGUCCCCCCAGCCGACGAACUAAAGGAGUAUGGCAAUGUCACCAUCGAUACUGCCCCGUGGGCCGAAGCUGGGUCCAGUAGUGGAGUUGUGGAGACCCCGCAAUAUGCGGAUCUCGACAAGUACAAACCGGUCAUGGAUGAGAAUCUUGAUGCUAAGCAACUUUCCGAGGAGCCGAAGUACGAUGACUUGGGCACGUACACACCUGUGGGCCUCAAUGACUUUCUGGAAGAGGUACAUGCGACACCCAAGUAUGAGGAUCUCGGCAAAUAUGCCAACCCUUCACUGAGCGAUCGCCCGCCCGAGGAGCUCUCCCAACCGGCAUAUGAAGACCUUGACAAGUACCGUCCGGUGAUGCACAACGAAAACGCCGAAGUUCCGGAGUCACAGAAAAGAUACUCGGAUUUGCACAAGUAUGGCCCUAUCAUGCACAAUGAAAAAGAUGUGGUGGAGGAGAAGCAGCCCUACGACGACCUACACAAGUACGGCCCCAUGAUGCACAACGAGAAGGACGUCUUGGAGGAGACACAGUCCUAUGACGACCUCCACAGGUACGGGCCAAGCAGUUUUAAUGAACCUGAGGGAUUACACCCCCGUUCCACAGAGGAGAAAUCAAAAGACUACGACGACCUUCACAAAUAUGGCCCGCAAUCGUUCAAUGAGCCUUCAGGCCUGCGUCCCGUGCACCCCGAGGAAGCCUCCAAAGCUUACACCGAUCUGGACCAAUAUGGCCCCAUGUCUUUCAACGAGCCUCACGGGCAGGCUCCCAUCCACCCAGAAGUGGCAUCCAAGGCCUACACAGACCUCGACGCAUACAACCCCGUCGGCUGGAAUGAACCACACGGUAAGCCGCCAGUGCACCCUGAAGAAGCUUCCAAGCAGUACAAGGAUCUGGGAACAUACUCCAAGGAGUUUAAUCGCGGGGAUGCACCGCCACCAGAGGGCGUAAUUGCAGCGGUUGAGCCUGAAGAUGCGGCCAAGCAUCAGCCUGUGCAAUAUAACGAGCCCGAAAGCCAACGGCCCAAAAACGACUGGGAUCAAACAACUUUUGACGAGGCCAAAAAGUACGAUUCUUACCGAUACAACGAGCCCGAUGGCCAACCUGCCGAGGUUAUCGACCCCGUAUCCAAGGGGUUGGGUGAUUUUGAUGCGGAGAUCGCUGCGAAGGCAAACAGACGCAAGUCGUUUGCUCAUACGCAGGUAUCAGAAAAGGAGAGGGCCGAUGACCUGGACUUGCUCCGUGCUAGCGAUGUUCGGGCCAAGAUUCCGACGUCGUCAGGCCAGUCCCGGAGAGAGUAUAGCACGACGAACAGACAGAUUCUCGAGGCCGAUCUUCCCAGGUAUGCUGUAAAUUGGGAUAUCUCGAGCAAAGCCGCUCGUAUUGCAGUGCGACAGUCGAGGAACAAGGCUUGGGACCAUAUCCCUUCCAAGAAGGAGAACCUCACUGGCAACUAUGUCAGGGAUUUUCCCGAGGACUUUUCACGGAAUUGGAAUGACAUUGUGGCGGCUGCUGCGGACAGUCAAAAGGUUGAUGAGAGCAAAAACCAAGACGAGGUUGAGGCUGCGUCAUUUGACGAGAGUUUCCCGAGACUGGAGCAGAAGUUGGAGCCAGCUCUCGAACGAUCAUCUUCCUUCAGGACCACCCGCAAAACUGGAAAGAGAGGUCAAUUUGACCCUUACUCGAAAGAACCGCAAGGCCUCGAGGUGAGCUACUCUGAGGAGUGCGGUGGUAAGCAGACCUGGCCUUCCUAUGUACGAACGUACGGAACCGUGACGGACGCUUUGGACAAUGCCUCUUCAUCCGCACACGAGGCCGUUGCCGCCGCCAAGAGUGAAGGCGUGGUGGCUUCCACCACAACCGAGACCCCCCGGGAACCCACCAUUUAUAAGAUCCUUGCAUACGACCCGACGAUGCAGGCUAUCAACACGGCCGAGACGGCGUCGGUUGUCCCCGACAGCGCAACACCGUUGACACCUGCGGAGGUGAUUCUUCGGCUGUCGAACCCGACCAAGUUCUUUCCCUACUUUGGCACUCUUCAAAAGGAGGGAUACGAAAUUGUUUCCGGAAGCGGAGACGUCCUGGUAUUUCGCAAGGUCCGCGAGGCAGAGACGGCAUCCAAGGAGCAGGCUGCCACCCCUUUCUCCCCUGCGAUCGAGAAGCCGACGACAUACAAGGCGCCAAAGGUGAACCCCAUCGACAUGAUGGGGAGCGACCCCGUAGUACCAAGCGCUUACUCUUCCAGUCCUACAGGCUACCUCAACUAUGACUACCCGGGAGCGGAAACCACAGAGAAGCCCCCACCGCCCUUCAGUCCGCUGAGGCGUCACACGAUGUCAUGUGACAGUCGGGACUUUGAGCCUCCGAAGCGGCCGAAGAGGAGCAAGGUCAAGAGGAUUGUUCUCGGCGCGGCGUGGGUAGGUGGGAUUUCUUACGCGAUUGGUGUCGUUGGAGAGUACUUCAAGACAGGAGGCAAAGACGGCCAGGGUCCCAGGGGCUUGUAG